UGAUGCACGUAUAAAAAGGGCGGCUCGCGCGCGCGCUCCACAAAACAAACCAGCAUCUUCUUCCUCGCCGCGCGGGGCUCUCGAUCGCGCGUCGAUCGUUAAUCCGGUUUGAAGGAUGGAUCGUGACGAGGAAAGGGGGCAUGCGGACAGAUCGUUGCUGUUCAUCGGCGACGAGGACGACGAUAUCGAGGCGGACCGGGACGGGGCCUCGCCGCCGUCGUCCGACCCGGGGUCAUUCUCUGACAGGAGCGAACCCAGCAUCGACGAGGAGGAGGAGGAGGAGGAGGAGGAGGAGGAGGAGGACGGCGAUGGCAGGGGCGGCGCGGCCGGCGAGGACGGCGGCGGCCCGAGGGGCACGUGGCCGAAGAGUUUCAGGCAAUCGAUCGACAUGAUGAGCGUGGUGCCGUCGCCGGCGAUGAGCUCGAUCAUCGUGGCGAGCCCUAACCUGACCCGGCUGGGGAACAGCAUCAAGGAGGCCGGUAGCUCCUUCUUCCUCAACAGAGCCGCCAGCUCCGCGAUGGGGCACGAGGGCUCGCUGCGGCUCACCAGGCCUCUGCUGCCGUCGUCGCUGUCGCAGCUGUCGUCGGCGUCGGCGUCGCAGCCGCAGCCCCCGCCGGUCAAGGAGUCAACCGACAGCUUGCCGCCACGGCCACCGGCUCCGCGGGCUGGGUCGACGGAGGCGCCGCCGCCGAAGCCGUCGUCGACGUGCAUGGAAUCCAGUUACAUCGACCUGCCGCCGCCGACCACCAAGUGCGGACAGAGGCAAGCCAUCCUCAAUGGGCUUAAUGUUCUGUGUGGGGUUGGAAUUCUCACCACAAGUUAUGGGAUUAAACAAGGUGGAUGGUUAAGCCUGAUCCUUCUCCCCUUGUUGGGCGGCUGUUCUUGCUACACAGGGCUGCUUCUCAAGAAAUGCAUAGACAGUUCACCGAGCAUUGACACAUAUCCAGAUAUAGGACAAGCCGCUUUUGGGAUUUACGGAAGGAUUUUUGUGUCGGUUGUUCUUUACCUUGAGCUAUAUGCAAGCGCUGUGGAGUACAUCACGCUGCUAGGUGACAGUUUGUCGUCAGUAUUUCCCUCUGCAGAUUUAUCUUUUGUUGGAGUCUACUUGAAUGCGCACAAUCUCUUUGCCAUCACAAUGGCCUUGGCAAUUCUACCAUCAGUUUGGCUUAAGAACCUCAGCCUCCUCUCCUAUCUUUCUGCCGGAGGUGUUAUCGCAACAACGGCGGUCAUUGUUUGCUUGUUCUGGGUUGGGAUUGGGGAAGGAAUUGGGUUUCACCCUGGUGGAACUGCACUGAAUCUUACCCACUUCCCUGUGGCACUUGGCCUGUAUGGAUACUGCUACUCAGGUCACUCCGUAUUUCCGAAUAUAUAUUCAUCGAUGGAGGAACGCUCAAAGUUCACCUUCGUACUGCUGUUCUGCUUCAUAUUAGUCACGUUUGUAUAUGCUGGAGUCGCUGUCUCAGGAUUUCUGAUGUUUGGUGAAUCCACAAUGUCACAAUUCACUCUGAACAUGCCACAACAAUAUAUUCCCUCCAAAAUUGCCAUUUGGAUGACGAUUAUAAACCCAUAUACAAAGUAUGCCUUGACAUUAACACCGGUCGCCUUGUCGAUAGAGGAGGCUCUACCUAAAAGGCUUCAGACUUACCAAGUUGCAACGUGUGUUAGGACAGCUCUUGUGGCCUCAACCGUUGUUGUGGCUUUGACAUUUCCAUACUUCGCACUGGUGAUGGCAUUGCUUGGAUCUGUCUUCACAAUGCUUGUGGCCCUGAUCCUCCCAUGCGCAUGCUAUCUCUCUAUCAAGAAGGGUUCAACAACAAUAUGGGAGGUUGUCUUAUGCAUAACAAUCAUAUUGCUUGGCAUCAUCUGCGCGUGUGUUGGAUCAUACACUUCCAUUAGCCAGAUGAUAACCAGAUAGUAGGAUGCAUGAAUGAUCCCAGAAAUUUUCGUAUCUUUUUUAGCUGUAUUUGUUCCUUAUUUUUUGGCUGGAGGAUGAUUUUACUGUUGUACUGUGGUACCUAUUACGACAAAACGUGUCCUCGAAUUUCCUCUUGCUUGAGUUGCUAAUAGCUAGGUUGAUUGAUUAAUGACUGGGUUUAGGCAAAAACAAGCCCAGAACAAUAAUUACCAGUUCAUCUACGCACUGUAGCUAGGUUCCAUGGUACGUAACAAACAUCAAACCUGUACUGCCACUCAAAUAACCUAAUCUGAAAUUCGCUUUGAUGGAGAUUUAAGCUCAGGACCUUAGGUAUUACUCAGGUCAUUG